AUGGCCGCAACGCAAAUUCCGUUAACUUCUCAAUUACCUACUUUAAAAAAAACUUCGAAUCCAAGACCUCAAUUAACUCGUUCACAAAGUAGUGAUACUUUAUCUCAAACUAGUAGUAAUAGCAGUCGUGGAAAAAAAUCAAGAGUUUCUCCUCACAUAAUUCCUACUCAAAAACAAGAUUUUUCUCAUGUUAGAUCACGUGUAGGGUCUUUGGAUAACCUAAGUCACAUACCAAAAGGCGGUGAGAUAAAAAUCUUUUCUGAUAAGCCGGAUUUUUCUAAUGUCGGGUCACGAAUAGGCUCAUUAGAUAAUAUUGACCAUGUUCCAAAAGGUGGAGAGAAAAAAAUCCUAUCAAUUAAAACUGAUUUUACUAAUGUAGGUUCUCGAGUUGGCUCACUGGAAAAUAUUAAUCAUACUCCAAAAGGUGGUGAUAAGAAAAUCUUCUCUGUUAAACCUAGUUUUUCUAAUGUCAGUUCUCGUGUUGGUUCAUUGGAUAACAUUAAUCAUAUUCCAAAAGGUGGUGAUAAAAAAAUUGAAUCAAUUAAAGUCGACUUUUCUAAUGUCGCUCCUCGUAUUGGUUCAUUGGAUAACAUUGAUCAUGUCCCAAAAGGUGGUGAUAAAAAAAUUCCAUCUGUUAAAGUUGAUUUUUCUAAAGUUCAUUCACGUGUGGGUUCUUUAGAUAAUAUUUAUCAUACUCCAAAAGGUAAUGUCUUGAUUUUCUUAAAACAAAGUUUUGAUCACGUGCAACCACGUGUUGGUUCCCUCGAUAAUAUUGACCACGUUCCUGGUGGUGGUGAUAAAUAUGUUCCACUUAAAAUACCUACAAAGAUACCAAUGUCGGCUGUGAAAUCUAGAGUUGGUUCUUUGGAUAACAUUCAUCAUACUCCUGGUGGCGGUGAUGUCAGGAUCUAUUCAAGAAAAUUGAGUUAUCGUGAUGUUUCUCCCAAAAUUAGAGUGAGAUCCAGUAGUAAUGCAAGUUCUGUUGAAGAUAAUGAUCGGUCGGAUAUUGUUUAUAGUCCUAUUUCUUCUUUGGCUUUGGAUGAAUCUCUAGAAGUUAAUAGUCCGCCUUCUGACCCUCUUGCCGAUUCCAAUACUCCUUUAACUGAAGUUUUACCUCCCAUUAUGGAAAAUUUACAGAGUUAUCAUCAAGCCUCUGAACCUCCAAAAAGUAUGGAUGAUCAAGUUUUUGAAAGGAAUGAUUUUGAUGAAGAUGAACCUAUUGAAGUCGUACAAAACUCUCAACUUAACGAUACAGAACUGGAUUUCCAAGUUAAUAUUCAAAGAAAAACAUUACUUUUAGCUAACGAGUCUAAUUUACCGAGAGCUUUAUCAACUGUUGAAAUGCCACCUGAUAAUUCCGUCUCACCUACACAACCGGAGUUAACUGCUGUUCAGAAAGAAGAUUAUGAUUCAUCUUG